UGCAAAUGUCGCCACGAUGACCCCAUCAGCGAUCACGUUCAGUUGUUGCUGAAUACAAGAGAAAGAGAAAGAGAUCUAAACAACGCCGUUUCUUCCAUUCUCCGCCAAACAUCCAACAACCCCUAACAAACGAUACCACCAACCACUACACAAUUCCAAUUCAAUUAGGGUUUCCAAUUUCCAAUUUUCAUGGAACCCCUGUCUCUCCCUCCUCUCCCAGUCAUGGACGACGCCGAAGACCCUUCCUCCAUUUGGGACUUCUCUUACCUCCUCGACUUCGACCUCGACGACCAAGAUAUUAUUAUUAAUAACAACAACUCUCUCCCUCUUCCCUUAAACGACCACCCCGCUCCAAGCGAGAUCCCUCAAAACGACAGGGUCCGAAAGCGCGACCCGAGGCUCACAUGCUCCAACUUCCUCGCGGGUCGGGUCCCCUGCGCCUGCCCCGAACUCGACGCCAUACUCGAGGACGAGGGUUUGCCUGGCAAGAAACGCGCCCGCACCGCGCGUGCAUCUGCAUCCGCUCGCUGCCAGGUCCCUGCCUGCGAGGUCGAUAUCUCAGAGCUGAAAGGGUAUCACCGCCGACACAGGGUUUGCUUGCGCUGCGCUAAUGCCGCCACCGUUAUGCUCAACGGCGAGGCCAAGAGAUACUGCCAACAGUGUGGAAAGUUUCACGUUUUGUCGGAUUUCGACGAGGGUAAACGGAGCUGUAGAAGGAAGUUAGAGCGGCAUAACACCAGAAGGAGAAGAAAGCCUACGGCGGAUUCUGGAGGGGCUACUCAUAGUGAACUACUUCAACCUGUUGCCGAAAACGAGGAAAACAAUUAUGAUGUGGAAGCUGGAAAAGAUUGUUCGAAUUUGAGUACCGAUAUCAACGACGUUGGAGUGUCUCUGGAUCUUGAAGAUGAACCGGCUCCCAUUCCGAGCUCGGCUCCUGAAGCCCAGAAUAUUAAUAGUGAUAGUGUUGUGUCUUUGGCUGUUUCUGGUGAAACGCGAGUGAAUAGUGGGAACACUUCCAAUUCGCCUUCUUAUUGUGACAAUAAGAGUGCCUAUUCGUCUAUGUGCCAAACAGGUCGGAUUUCUUUUAAGCUUUAUGAUUGGAAUCCUGCGGAAUUUCCUAGAAGGCUACGACAUCAAAUAUUCCAAUGGUUGGCAAGUAUGCCUGUGGAGUUGGAGGGAUAUAUCCGCCCUGGGUGUACGAUCCUGACAAUUUUUAUUGCAAUGCCUAACAUCAUGUGGAUAAAUUUACUGAAAGACCCUUUGGAGUAUGUGCAUGAUAUUGUUGCUCCUGGAAAGAUGCUAUCUGGAAGAGGCACUGCACUAGUUCAUCUGAAUGACAUGAUCUUCCGUGUUAUGAAAGAUGGAACUUCUGUGACGAAUGUCAAGGUAAACAUGCAUGCACCGAAGCUUCACUAUGUUCAUCCCACAUACUUUGAGGCUGGCAAACCUAUGGAGUUUGUUGCUUGUGGAAGUAACUUACUGCAGCCUAAGUUUCGGCUUCUUGUAUCGUUUUCUGGAAAGUAUCUGAAAUGUGAGUAUUGUGUGCCUUCUCCACAUAGCUGGACUGAAGACAACAUUUCUUGUGCUUUUGACAAUCAGUUAUACAAGAUAUAUGUUCCUCAUACAGAGGAAAGUCUCUUUGGGCCUGCAUUUAUUGAGGUGGAGAAUGAAUCUGGUUUAUCAAACUUUAUUCCUGUACUCAUUGGGGAUAAAAAAAUUUGUACUGAAAUGAAGACACUGCAACAAAAAUUAGAUGUAUCUCUCCUUUCUAAACAAUUUCGGUCUGCAUCUGGUGGUUCUAUCUGUAGCUCAUGCGAAACUUUUGCACUUAGUCACACAUCAUCAUCAGACUUACUUGUAGAUAUAGCAUGGUUGCUUAAGGACACCACUUCAGAAAAUUUUGACAGAGUGAUGACAGCUUCACAAAUUCAAAGAUAUUGCCAUUUGUUGGACUUUCUGAUAUGCAAUGAUUCAACAAUCAUUUUGGGAAAAAUAUUACCAAAUUUGAUGAUCUUGACAGAAAGCAUGAAAUCCAAUGUUGUAAUUAAUAGGACAAGUGAUGUUGACAUAAUGCAACUCCUGAAUCACAUACAUAAUGCUAGAAAUGCCGUAUAUCAGAAACAUCCGAAAAGUGAAAGUAUAAUUGUGCACUCUGAAAUGAAAGGCUUUAUACUUGCUCAGGGCUGCUCCCAAGAUAACAAGCUAUCAGUUGCAAUUAACAGCCAGGGUAUCCAGUCGAGAGCAGAUGAGAAGUGGGGAGUACUGAAAGUGAAAAGUCCAACUUCUAAUGAGAAAAUGGAAAGAAUACCACUUUUGAAGAGGGAUAUUAUAAUGAGUAUGGAAGAGUUGCCUGAAAGAUACGGGCGUCGAUGUUUGGGCAGGGGAUUCUUGACCUUUCGGCCAGCUAUUUUUGUGUUGGUUUCGGUUGCUGUAUGUCUUGGGGUAUGUGUUGCCGUCCUUCAUCCUGGUAGGGUUAGUGAGUUAGCAGUAUCCGUUAGAAGGUGUUUGUUUAACUAUUAGUAUUUUUUUGUACUUGUCUUCGAGUUGGUACAUAUUUGUUGUAACACUAAAUAAACUGGUGUUAUUGGGAUGAUUAGGUAGUUUAUUACAUUGGAAAGCUUAAUCCAAGGUUGCUAAUUUGUGCAUUACCAAUUUUAUCGGAUGUCCAGAGGGACUUGCAGUUGCAGGUGCUGUGACUGCAACGAGUCUGAUCAUUAAUAGUUAAAAUUUGUAAUUCAUGUUACCAUUAUUACAAUUGGGUGUUUAUGCUAGAUCUCUCUCUAGAAAUGUGUAAAGUAAGAAACUUUCAUGGAA